CUGUUCCGCCUCUAGUGGUCUCUGUGAAGAGCUACAUCAGUAUGUAAACUAAUCAGCCUCUCUGCUGCUACAGCAGCAGUGGCAGUGGCGGGUCUCUGACACUACAACGUCCACUCCUGCAGGGUGACAGCAGACCGGGAGUGACUGCUCAGCGGGUCCGUGAUGGAUGAACGGGCCUUAAGCAAAGCAGCGCCCCGCUUAGCUUCCCCCAGAUGGCGGUGUGAGUGAGGAUGCGACUCCCCAUUUCCAUCUUUGUGUCGGUGUCUCUGUUCACGGCCGAGACAACGGCAGCGCUCUACCUGAGCUCAACAUACCGAUCUGCCGGCGACCGAAUCUGGCAGGCACUCACGCUGCUCUUCACGCUUGUACCAUCAGUUCUGGUCCAGCUCACCCUCACCUUCAUCCAUCGGGACCUGGGCAGAGACAGACCCCUGGUCCUGCUCCUGCACAUCCUGCAGCUCGGACCCAUUGUCAGGUGUCUGGAGGCGUUCUGUAUCUACGGCAGCGUGGGUCGAGUGGAGGAGCCUUAUGUCAGCAUCACCAGGAAGAAGCAGAUGCCACGGGGGGGUCAGUCUGAGGAGGUGGAGCUACAGGUGGGGCAGGCGGAAGGGAAACUCUUCACCCACCGAGCAGCCUUCGCCCGUACCUCUGUCAUCCAGGCCUUUCUGGGAUCAGCCCCACAGCUGACCCUGCAGCUCUACAUCUGCGCCCUGCAGCAGGGGGUGUCCAUUGGCAGAGGAACACUGAUGGUCAUCUCCCUUCUCUCCAUUGUGUACGGAGCUCUGCGCUGCAACAUCCUGGCCAUCAAGUUGAAAUAUGAUGACUAUGAAGUGGACAUCCGGCCCAUGGCGUAUGUGUGCAUUUUUCUUUGGAGGAGCUUUGAGAUCGCCCCGCGUGUAGUAGUCCUGGUUCUGUUCAGCUCUGUGCUUCAGCUCUGGGUCCUGCCCGUGGUUCUGCUGAACUUCCUGGUUUUCUUCUUCUACCCCUGGAUCCUCUUUUGGCACAGUCACUCCCCCUUCCCUGAGAACAUAGAGAAAACCCUGAGCUCUGUCGGGACCACCAUUGUGCUCUGCAUGCUCACCUUCUUGUACGCCGGCAUCAACAUGUUCUGCUGGUCAGCGGUGCAGGUGAAACUCAACGACCCCGACCUCAUCAACAAGUCCCAGAACUGGUAUCGCAUGGCUGUGUACUACAUGCUGCGUUUCGUGGAGAAUGCCUCGCUGCUUCUGCUCUGGUUCAUCUACAAAACCAACAUCUAUGACUUCAUCUAUGCUCCUAUGCUGGUACUGCAGCUGCUGCUGGCCUACGCCAUCGCCAUCUUCUUCAUGCUGGUCUUCUACCAGUUCUGUCAUCCCUGCAGGAAGCUCUUCUCCUCCAGCAUGAGCCAGGGUCUCUGGAACUGCUCCUCCCUCCUGUGUCUGACGUGCAGCUCUUCUCCUUCACCCACCAGGUCCAAAAGAAAGACGACUCCAGAACCACCACAGCCUUCCAGGCGUGCAGAUGCGGCUGCGGCUGACGACACGGGCAGCGACCACAUGGAGGACGGUCCCAACGACACCACGUACGACGUCCUCAGUGACACCAUUUAUGACAUUCCAAACGAAACUGUCAGUACUAACAACGGCGAUGUUAGCACCAGUUUAACCUGCAAUGUUUAGAUCAUCAUAACGUGCCAUGCAGAGGAACAUUCAGCGGUAUCAUCCUUCACUUAAAAGUGCCACAUGAGUUUACACACAUUCACGUUUUAUUAGAGUUUGUUAUUUCUAUGUGUUAUUUGAAUAACUGGACAUUUUUCAUAUAGAAUUAGGCAGGCUAUUUUAAAAACAUAGAUGUCUGAGGUGAUAGUAUCCCAGCACUGAAGGUUUGGCUGUGUGUUCUACCACAAAGUGUCAAUAGAGGUCUCCAAUAAAUGCUGACGGACAUGUCAGAAUUGGCCAGUGACAGAGCAUACAACUUAUUCAAUUUAAUCCGCAAUAUCAAUAAAACGGUGACUUGUUGUGACCCACAUUUGGUCCCCGGAUAGUGGACCACAUAUCAAACCACAGCCAAACUUUCAAGUUCUUCCUCUCCCGGCCUCAUGACCCAGUAAUGAGCCACAUACGCUUUUCUCACAUGACCCAGAUUCAGCAGUCUGUAAUUACUGACCUGCAUUUACUUUCCAAAUGGACUUGAACUUCAAACUCCAAAGGUGGGCUGGACAAGUUCGCCUUGGUGUGGGCUGUGUCAGUGAAGGAGGUUGUGUGGCUCAUCACUGGGUCAAAACAACUUUGAAUCUUAGAAUCAUUAGAAGUGGACACUAGAAAAACACAGGUUAAGUCCACAUCUAACUGUGAGGAUUACUUAUACACAGCAGUGUACAAUAGUCUCAGUGCUUUGUUAAGUUAUAAAUUGUCAACAAUAUACAAGUCGAGAAAUGCAUUUUUAGGUGAUCAAAGACUUCAAUAAUUAAUGUAUUUUUUAUUGACACGCAAUCAGCGUACAGGGCCGACUGUGUAUAUGUCCAGCAGGGGGUGCCCACAGCUAAGUCAGCACUGACUGUGUGACAAUGCCUUCUUAAAAGUCAUCUUUAAAAGUGUGUGAAUUACUUGAUGAUGACGCUCCCCUGUGUCAUCAGCACAUAUCUUCAACCUUUAAUAAAAAAAUUAAAUUAAGACAAAUGUUCACUUUUAUGCUGCAAUGCUGUUCACAAGGAACCAUGCAUUUGAGUUGACUGUAUCUUUAGCAUGGAAGUGUGCAUGUACAGAACUUCUGAUCAGGUAUGUGUAUGUUUUGUGUGUGCGGUGGGGGAUUAUAAUACGGACAUUUUUGUGAAUUUUCUGCUAAAUUUACAAUGAAGCAUCAAGCUUUUUAAACUCCUGGAUGAGAGCUAUAUCUUGACUUAUGCUGCUCUUGUGUCCAUCCAUUUUUUGAUCACCAAAUGUGCGAUUGUGAACCCAGCACAUUCUCCAGCACAAUGUUUUUUGCACGUGUUUAACAAAAGAAAAUUAAAAGCGAUGUAUUUCAUGUUGCUUAAGCCACAACAGCUGCUUAUGUGUUUGUUAUUCACGCUUUGGGUGUGUUUUGUCUUUAUGAGGUGUCUCUAAACUCUGUAUGUUUAAAAAAUGUAAUAGAAAUUAUUUCUUUUUUUAAAUGUAUUUUUAUUUUUAUGAAAAAGGAAUGCUACUGUUCUUUGCACAGCUUUUUGGAAAGAUCACCUGCACAGGAAGGAAUCACGUGAAAGCUUCACAGAUUUUUACAAAUAACACAAACUACUGUUACCGCCAAAAAGAUCACGAGACAUUUUCUCAUACAUGCUGAUUACAUGCCUUUAAAUAGACAAUUUGAAGUUUUAAAAAUUGUUAUAUAUCUAAUAAAAGUUAUAUAUUUAUAUGUGAAA